CUGUAGCUGUCUCCGCCCACUAGACUGCACGACGGUGAUAUUUCUCCCUAUACCCACGGUGCUCGGUUCAUUCUAACGCAUUGCAUAAGCACGGUUUCCAUUGGAUGCUUCUGUAUUUUUCCGCGGAUGGUGAUUGCAUACAGAAUACCAGCCUGGCUUGCCGCUGAAAUACAGCUAGUCACAUUUAGCCAUCAGUGGAGGAAAACAGUCAUCUGGUCUAGUUGAGAGAGAGAGAUAGAGAGCGAGAGGUAAUAUGGGCAAAUAAGCCCAUAUCAAGUCUGUAUAGCUUGUCCAACAGAAAUGUAUCUAAAUUGUCAUUUAAAUACGUCGGAAUGGUUCGUAAUCCAUUUCCAAAAAUCCACCACUAUAUGGCAACUUAAUUAACGGUGUCAUAAUUUAACCGUUAAACCGCGAGCCUGUGAAAAUGGGAUUCCUCCACCAGCUACAUCUUCUGUUGUGGAAGAAUGUGUCUUUGAAGAGGAGAGGACCGUGGGUGUUGGCCUUUGAGAUCUUCAUCCCUCUGGUCCUCUUCUUCAUUCUGCUGGGCCUGCGCCAGAAGAAACCUGCCAUCCCCGUCAAGGAAGCCUUCUACAGCGCAGCUCCCCUCACCUCAGCAGGCAUCAUUCCCAUCAUGCAGUCUCUUUGUCCCGACGGCCAGAGGGACGAGUUUGGCUUCCUACAGUACAAGAACUCAACUGUCACCCAGUUGUUGGAGCGGAUCCGUGAGGUGGUGUUACAGAACCACCUCUUCACAGCAGACAGGCCAGGACUGGGCCAGGAGCUGGAGUCCCUACAGCAACACCUGGAGAGCCUCAGCACAUCUGCAGGGCCCUACCCACUGGACAACAAUUUCAACACCAGCCAAGGGUUCACAUUAGCCAGUGUGUUGAAGAACCAGUCAGUGUUCCAUCAGUUCCUGGUCAGGAAUCUGUCACUCCCCAAUGACACCGCCAGCCUGCUACUCUCCACUCCUGUCAACCUCAAAGAGGUAUUCAACCUGAUCUUUGGCCUGUACCCCAGAACUGGAGGGGGGAGUAGUCACAGUUCUGGAAGGGAAAAAGAGACCACACACACCCCUGCAGAGAAGAUCCUUCAACUGGAGGAGAAGCUGCUGGGAGUCAUGCAAAGUCUGGAUGGUGGACUGAUCCACAAAGCUUUACGAGACCCAACCAAAGCAGCCCAUCGGCAGGCCCUACUCAAACUCAUGUCCCAGGCUUUAGGCCUAGCAGGAGGAGGGGCAGGCCAGAGAUACGACCCUCAAGGACUGAAGGAGGUGGAGGGUGUUCUCCUGACUGGUGCCAUGUUGGAAAUGCUUACCUGUGGGGAGGAUGGGCCUAGUGAGCUGAGCAAGAUCCUAUUGGUUCCCGAGAAGCAGCAGUCCCUGCUCCAGGCCUAUCACAGCGCAGCAUGUGGUGGUGGGGCGGGACAAAGGACUGAGCGCUUUGGAGAGAUGAGCCAGGAGCUCCGAGAGCAGAUAGACACACAGAGCCUCAUUGACAAGCUGCGUCUAGAGCAAGCCAACUCCUCGGCCCCUCUGUCCCAGUCCCACCUGGGUGCUCUGCUGAAGGACUUGGCUGACGUGGAGAGGCUCCUCAGGGAUGUAGACCUGCUGUCAGGCCUGGCUCGCCUGCUCCCCAAGGGCGCCUGUGCCGGCCACGCCCCCCCUGGGGCUCCAGCCAACACCACCACUUCCUGGUCCCUCAACGCCACCACCUGGGGGCCCAACACCACCGAGAACACCUGGGAGGAGGGUGGAGAGGAGGGGAGAGGACGAGAGAAAGAGAAUGUGAAAGAAGAGAACCCUCACUCGUUUUCCACCUUUGUGCAGCUGUGGGCAGGGCUGCAGCCUAUUCUGUGUGGGAACAACAGAAUCAUUGAGCCAGAGGCUUUAAAGCAAGGGAAUAUGAGCUCUCUGGGCUUUACCAGUAAAGAGCAGCGCAAUCUGGGCUUACUAGUGCAUCUGAUGACUACAAAUCCCAAGAUCCUCUACUCUCCCAUCGGCUCACAGGUGGACAAAGUCAUUCAGAAGGCCAAUGAGACAUUUGCAUUUGUGGGGAACGUGACUCACUACGCCCGGGUGUGGCUCAACAUCUCUGCCCAGCUCAGGACUUAUCUGGAGGAGGGCAAGCUGCACCACCACCUGGCCUGGAUGCAGCAGUUGACCUCUGACCUACGUGGUCACCCGGAACUGCUGAAUGGGACAGACAGUGAUCUGCUGCGUGGUUUGCUGGAGGGCAACUACACCCUGCCCAACACCUCCACCCUGCUGGAGCAGCUGGACACCAUUGACAACGCCGCCUGUGGCUGGACACACUUCAUGUCCAAGGUCAGUGUGGAUAUCUUCAAGGGUUUUCCGGAUGAGGACAGCAUCGUCAACUACACACUGAACCAAGCUUACCAUGAUAACAUCUCAGUGUUUGCCAGUGUGAUAUUCCAGACCAACCUAGAUGGCUCCCUGCCUCCUCAUGUCCUCUAUAAGAUCAGACAGAACUCCAGCUUCACAGAGAAAACCAACGAGAUCCGCCGGGCCUACUGGCGCCCAGGGCCCAACACGGGGGGAAAGUUCUACUUCCUCUACGGCUUUGUGUGGAUCCAGGAUAUGAUGGAGAGAGCCAUCAUUAACACGUUUGUGGGCCAUGACGUGGUGGAGCCUGGCAACUAUGUUCAGAUGUUCCCUUACCCCUGCUACACAAGAGACGACUUCCUGUUUGUGAUCGAGCACAUGAUGCCUCUGUGCAUGGUGAUCUCCUGGGUCUACUCUGUAGCCAUGAUGAUCCAACACAUUGUGGCGGAGAAGGAGCACCGGCUCAAAGAGGUGAUGAAGAUGAUGGGCCUGAACAACGCGGUCCACUGGGUGGCCUGGUUCAUCACUGGCUUUGUCCAGUUGUCCAUCUCAGUGACGGCCCUGACGGCCAUCCUGAAGUACGGUCGGGUGCUCCUCCACAGCGACAUCUUCAUCAUCUGGCUCUUCCUCUCCAUCUACGCCAUCGCCACCAUUAUGUUCUGUUUCCUGGUGUCAGUGAUCUACUCCAAGGCCAAGCUGGCGUCAGCGUGUGGUGGGAUAAUCUACUUCCUCAGCUAUGUCCCAUACAUGUACGUGGCCAUCAGGGAGGAGGUGGCCCAUGACAAGAUCACGGCCUUCGAGAAGUGUAUCGCUUCUCUUAUGUCGACCACAGCGUUCGGACUGGGCUCUAAGUACUUUGCCCUGUACGAGGUGGCUGGGGUUGGUAUCCAGUGGCGCACCAUCAACCAGUCACCUGUAGAGGGCGAUGACUUCAACCUUGGCCUGUCCAUGAUGAUGCUCAUCAUCGAUGCUAGUGUGUAUGGAGUACUCACCUGGUACAUAGAGGCUGUGCACCCAGGGAUGUAUGGGCUGCCUCGGCCGUGGUACUUCCCCCUGCAGAAGUCCUACUGGCUGGGCAGUGGGCGUGUGGAGACAUGGGAGUGUCCUUGGGGGGGUGGGGCCAGGCUGAGUGUCAUGGAGGAGGACCAGGCGUGUGCCAUGGAACACCGGCGAUCUGGUAGGGCCAAGCCUGACCUUGGACUUGAGGAGAUGCGUGGUAUUGAAGAGGAGCCCAGCCACCUGCCUCUGGUGGUUUGUAUAGACAAGCUGACCAAGGUCUACAAGAUGGGCAAUAAGCUGGCCUUAAACAAGCUGAGCCUCAACCUCCACGAGAACCAGGUGGUGUCCUUCCUGGGACACAACGGAGCCGGCAAGACCACCACCAUGUCUAUUCUUACAGGCCUGUUCCCGCCCACCUCUGGCUCAGCCACCAUCUACGGCCAUGACAUCCGUACUGACAUGGAGCGUAUCAGGCAGAACCUGGGCAUGUGUCCCCAGCACAAUGUGCUCUUUGACAAGCUCAGCGUGGAGGAGCACCUGUGGUUCUACUCCAAACUCAAAGGCAUGGCCGAGGAAGACAUCCGCAAGGAGAUGGACAAGAUGAUAGACGAUCUCGAGUUGAAUAAUAAGCGUCACAGCCUGGUGCAGACUCUGUCUGGGGGAAUGAAGAGGAAGCUGUCCGUGGCCAUAGCGUUUGUGGGCGGCUCCCGGGCCGUCAUCCUGGAUGAGCCUACGGCGGGGGUGGACCCCUACGCACGCAGAGCCAUCUGGGACCUCAUCCUCAAGUAUAAACAGGGUCGCACCAUCCUGCUGUCCACCCACCACAUGGAUGAGGCUGACCUGUUAGGAGACCGCAUAGCCAUCAUCUCCCAUGGGAAACUCAAGUGCUGCGGCUCUCCACUCUUUCUCAAGAGCACCUACGGAGACGGCUACAAACUCACCCUGGUCAAGAAACAGAGUGAGAGCGGAGACCAGGUCACCCAGGCCCCGCCUCCCUCCUCCCUGUCCCCCUCCUCCUCCUCCCUGUCCCCCUCCUCCUCCUCCCUGUCUCCCUGCUCGGAGGCCCGGGUCACCCAGUUCAUUCGUCAGUUUGUGGGGUCCUGUCUGCUGCUGUCUGACUCCAACACUGAGCUAUCCUAUGUGUUGCCCUCUGAGGCUGUCAAGAAGGGCUGCUUCGAGAGGCUAUUUCAGGCAUUGGAGCAGAAUCUGGCCAUCUUGGCUCUGACCAGCUUCGGGGUGAUGGACACCACUCUGGAGGAGGUCUUCCUCAAGGUGUCUGAGGAGGACCAGUCCCUGGAGAACAGUGAUGCCGACAUGAAGGAUUCCCUAGGCGGUAUCUCAGUAGGGAAACCUGCUGCAGUGGGUCUGGGGGGCUCUGGAAAGCCACAGGAGCCGGGGGCUCCGGCGGGGAGCAGCAGCAGUCUGGAGAGGCCAGAGGUAGAGCUCUCUAACCUGGUGAUGAGCUCCAGGCUCAGCCAGAGCCAAUCCUCCCUGCGCUCCUCCUCCUCCCUGGGGUCCGUACUGGGGGAUGAGGAAGGGCUCUACGCAGACUUCUACGGAGACUACUGCCGCCUCUUCGACAAUGGACGUGACCCUCACUCUACCAGCCUGAGGGCGGAUGUGGAGGAGGCCUCCCCGGAGCCUGUGGUCCUGGAGGGGCAGGGCAGCCUCAAGCUGGAGGGCUGGUGGCUGAAGCUACGCCAGUUCCACGGCCUCAUCGUCAAGAGGUUCCACUGCGCCAAGAGGAACACCAAGGGCCUCUUCUCACAGAUCCUGCUGCCCGCAUUCUUUGUCUGCGUGGCCAUGACUGUUGCGCUCUCGGUGCCUUCCAUCGGAGAUCUGCCACCACUGAUCCUGUCCCCAUCCCAGUACCACAACUACACCCAGCCCCGUGGCAACUUCAUCCCCUACGCCAACGAAGACCGCCCACAGUACAGGAGUAAACUUUCCCCGGAUGCCAGCCCUCAGAAGAUCGCCAACACGCUGCGUCUGCCAUCGGGCGUGGGCGCCACCUGCGUCCUCAAAACGCCCUUCAACAGCACCCUGGACCAGCUGGCACAGACGCUCAACCCCAGCGCCAACAACAGCAAGACCCUGGCCGCCCGCUACUUUGACUCCAUGUGUCUGGACUCCUUCACCCAGGGAGUGCCACUGUCCAACUUUGUACCCCCUCCCCCCUCGCCAGCCCCCUCCGAUGACCCCGACACUCGCUUUGAGGAUGGGCUGUGGAACUUCACUGCCACCACUCCUACCACUGUCAGGGAAACGGUGACGUCUCCUCCCACCCUGUCCCUGUUCAUCCGGGAGCUGGUUCGUUGUAUCUGCUCCAUGCAGGGGACGGGCUUCUCCUGCCCAAGCGGGGUGGGGGGGCGGCCGCCCCUUAUGAAGGUGGUCACCGGGGACAUUCUGGUAGACAUCACCGGGCGCAACGUGUCAGAGUAUCUCCUCUACACCUCUGACAGACUGCGCUUGCACAGAUAUGGAGGACUCACAGUAGGCAACAUACAGAAAUCAGUCCCAGCAUCCUUUGGGAAAAAGACUCCGCCCAUGGUUCGCAAAAUAGCAGUCCGCAGAUCAGCUCAGGUGCUGUUCAAUAAUAAAGGGUACCACAGCAUGCCAACCUAUCUCAACGUCCUGAACAAUGCCAUCCUGCGUGCCAACCUACCUCCAGGCAAGGGCAACCCUGCCGCAUACGGAAUCACACUGACCAACCACCCCAUGAACCGCACCAGUGCAAGCCUCUCUCUGGACUACUUGCUCCAGGGCACUGAUGUGGUGAUAGCUAUCUUCAUCAUCGUGGCCAUGUCCUUUGUACCAGCCAGCUUUGUGGUCUUUCUGGUGGCAGAGAAGUCGACCAAGGCCAAGCACCUGCAGUUUGUGUCUGGAUGUGACCCAGUCAUCUACUGGCUGGCUAACUAUAUAUGGGACAUGUUGAACUAUCUGGUGCCUGCCACGUGCUGUGUCCUUAUCCUGUUUGUCUUUGACCUUCCUGCGUACACAUCCCCAACCAACUUCCCUGCGGUCCUGUCUCUCUUCCUCCUCUACGGGUGGUCUAUCACUCCAAUCAUGUACCCAGCCUCCUUCUGUUUCGAGGUGCCCAGCACGGCCUAUGUGUUCCUCAUCGUCAUCAACCUUUUCAUAGGCAUCACUGCCACAGUGGCUACCUUCCUGCUGCAGCUCUUUGAGCAUGACAAGGAUCUGAAACUGGUGAACAGCUACCUAAAGUCCUGUUUCCUUAUCUUCCCAAACUACAACCUGGGUCACGGCCUGAUGGAAAUGGCCUAUAACGAAUACAUCAAUGAGUACUAUGCUAAAAUAGGUCAGUUUGACAAGAUCAAGUCUCCAUUUGAGUGGGACAUUGUGACUCGAGGGCUGGUAGCCAUGACAAUCGAGGGCUUUGUAGGAUUCUUCAUCACCAUCCUGUGUCAGUACAACUUCCUCAGGAAACCCUUGAGAGUACCAGUGAGCAGCCAGCUCAUAGAGGAUGAUGAUGUGGACGUGGCCUGUGAGAGACGGAGAGUACUGAGAGGAGAUGCUGACAACGACAUGCUGAAGAUUGACAACCUCACCAAGGUGUACAAGUCGAGGAAGAUGGGUCGUAUCUUGGCUGUGGACCGGUUGUGUUUGGGCGUGCGUCCUGGGGAGUGUUUUGGCCUCCUGGGGGUGAACGGAGCAGGGAAGACCACCACCUUUAAGAUGCUGACUGGUGACGAGAGCACCACAGGAGGGGAGGCCUUCAUAGGGGGAAACAGUAUCCUGAGGGAGCUGUUGAGAGUGCAGCAGAGCAUUGGUUACUGCCCUCAGUUUGAUGCGUUGUUUGAAGACCUGACAGCCAGAGAACACCUGGAGCUGUACACACGCCUCCGAGGCAUCCCCUGGAAGGACGAGCAGAGGGUGGUCUCAUGGGCCCUAGAGAAACUGGAGCUCUCCAAGUAUGCAGACAAGCCCGCUGGCACCUACAGUGGGGGAAACAAGCGCAAGCUGUCUACUGCCAUCGCCCUCAUCGGAUACCCCUCUCUCAUCUUCCUGGACGAACCUACUACAGGGAUGGACCCUAAGGCCCGCAGAUUCCUCUGGAACCUCAUCCUUGAUAUCAUCAAGACGGGACGCUCUGUGGUGCUGACAUCACACAGUAUGGAGGAAUGUGAGGCUCUGUGCACCAGACUGGGCAUCAUGGUCAACGGCAGGUUCAAAUGCCUGGGCAGCAUCCAGCACCUCAAGAACAGGUUUGGUGACGGUUACAUGAUCACAGUGCGGACUAGAACCAGUGCCAAUGUGAAGGAGGUGGUGAGAUUCUUCAACAGGAAUUUCCCUGAGGCUGUACUAAAGGAGCGCCACCACACUAAAGUCCAGUUCCAGCUGAAGUCCGACAGUAUCUCCCUGGCCCAGGUGUUCAGUAAGAUGGAGCAGGUGGUGGAGGUGCUGGGGAUAGAGGACUACUCUGUCAGCCAGACUACACUGGACAAUGUGUUCGUGAACUUUGCCAAGAAGCAAAGUGACAACCUGGAGCAGCAGGAGAGUUCCCCCCCUGGUGGAGGCCAGUCACCCCUGCAGCGCCUGCUCACCCUGCUGAGGCCCCGGCCGGCCAAUACGGAGCUCAGCGCCCUGGUCAGCGAAGAGCCGGAGGAACUGGAGAGUGACGACGAUGAGGGCCUCAUCAGCUUUGAAGAGGAGAGGGUGAGAGGCGGGAAGAGAGAGGAGAAAGAGGAGGAGAGGGUGUAAAGGGAAGAGAGGGUGUGAGGGGAGAGGAAAAGACUGAGAAAGUGAGAUGGGAUGUUGUCUACAUAGACACACUAUGCGGAUCACACUUAAACGUAAUAAGUAAGUCGUUACCUGUAAGUAAACUUGACUGUAUUUUAUCCUUUACUAAUCACCUGUAUGUCUCCAUGGCAGGUGCAGCUCUCCUUUAACACAGAUACUGUCUGUUGAACUGUGGAAACUCAGAGAGGGGGCGUGGCUGGACAGACCACGUGGCAGGAGGAAACUCGGAGAGGGUGUGGCUAGAUAUACAAAGUGGGAGGAGGAAAUUCAGAGAGGGUGUGUCUAUUAGAAAGAGAGAGGAGGAAAUAUACAUCAGAGGAGGCUGGUGGGAGGAGCUAUAGGAGGCAGGGCUCAUUGUAAUGGCUAGAAUGUUUGACUCCGUUAAAAUGAUUAAAUUCCAGCAAUUACAAUGAGCCCAUCCUCCUAUAGCUCCUCCCACCAGCCUCCACUGAUUUACAUGUACUAGGAAGAGAUUGUACCGUCUCUAUCUACCCAGGGGAAAGUAAGAUACAUUUCAUUUUUAGCCUCAAGCACCUAACAGUGACAGAGACUGAGGCAUUGGACUCAGAGAAGGAAACACAGUGGGACAGAGAAGAGGACAGAGAAGUGAAGUCAGCCUCUCAAAGCUGUCACAGAGUUAGCCAUAGUUAAAGGCUGAGGUGACGAAGAGAUAGGUCUUCUGUCAUGGGAAACAUACUGCUACAGUGAGAAUGCUUGUAUUUUAAUGGAGAUAUGUUGUUAUAGGAAUGUUUAUAUGUAUUUUUUUUAUAUAUAUGUUGAUAGAUGGGAACACUGAAAACCAAUGUGGUCCAUCUAGAAUGGACUGAUAUCAAAAGGUCUGAUUAGGUAUUAAUGUCGCUACUAGUAAGUUGGCUUCAUUCACUGCCUAUGAUGUCACAAAAUAUUAUAUAAUUCCUUCUGAUAUGACCACUUUACUGAGUCUAAUCUUUUAUCAGAUGUUUGACGCAGUGAAUUUGUGAUUCAACAUUGGUCAAAUGUGUUCCGUCCCUGCCAAAGUACAAGGUUACGUCCUAAAUCGCACCCUAUUCCCUAUAUAGUGCACUACUUUUGACCAUGGCCCAUGGGGCUCUGUUCAAUAGUAGUGCAUCAUGUACUAAAGGGAAUAGGGUGCCAUUUGGGACUCAAUGUUCAUAUUCAACCAGAGAUUCCACCCCAACCCCCUUUAAAAUCCUCUACCUGCCUUGAGAGCAUGCUGUCAUGAAACCAGUCAAACUAGUGUUGUGUCAUACAGUAUAUAUAUCUAUAUUUUUCUGUGGCAAGAAGAAUGAUUUAUUUUCUAAACGUAUACAGGACAUAUUGAAAUGUAUACAGAACAGAUAUCGGAUCUGUGAUUGAUUUCGCAAUAACUGAUGAUGGUUGAUAGCUAAGUAGGUUUUGACGUGAGUCCUGAAUCGUUGGCCUUUUAUUUGAAAUCACUUUACUAGACUAAGUGAGUCAGAGGAAAGCUGCACCAGAUUUCCUCUUUUAAAGAGAAUGUAACGGAAUGAUUCUAUAUGCUGAUGGUGCCUCCCAAAUCUCGCGCCUCUUCAUUUGGACACUGUAUAUUUUUGUCUCGACAUGAUAAUUAGAGCACUUUCUACUGGAUGCUGAAUUUUGUGCUUCUACAAAUCAGAAUGAUUUGUUUCUUUCGACAAGAUCCUAUGUUGGACACUAUGUAAUAACUUACUUUACAAUGAAGGUAAUCAACAAGAAUAAUUUAAGUAAUCAAAAACCGUGAAAAGAACUGAACUUAAUAAUGACUAUCCUGUAAUACCCAUAAGAAAGGACACAUACAGGAUUUACAAUAAUACGCAUACACUACUGCACUACCAUCACUGUGAGAAAAAGAAGUUGAACUUUCUGAUCAUUGUUUAGUUUGAACUUGAGAUUGUAUGAUUUACAAAAUGCUUUCAAGUCAGCGGACUUAUUUUUUGGAAGUUGGAGCAUAUUAGAAUUUUGAAGAACACCCACACCACGUCAUUAAUGAAGAGAAAUGUUUGUCAUUUCUUGAAUAUGUAUGUUGCCAUGUGAUUUGAAAUGGAUAUGUUCAUGGGGUGUUUGUGUUGUAAAGAUAUAGUUGUGAUCUCUCUUUAUUCCUCUCAGAAAUUGCUUAAGUUAUUUCAUGGACUAAUUCUAUGUAAUUUAACACGUUGAUUUCUUAAUGUGGGACUUUUUUGAAAAAAAAUAUCUUGACUGGGGUGGUUGUUAUCCUUUUACUAUUAAACAAGGAAACUAAUUGUUGUAAUUUGUUUUCCUCAGAAUGUAAAGUAGGUGAAAUGUUUUACUGAAGUCCAGGACAAAAUUAUAAUUUUUCAUGUGAACUAAUAUGAGAAUGAGAAACCAAGCCUGUCUUUGAAAUGUGUUUAAUUAAUGCUCCCUGUAUAUGUUGGGUCUGAAAAGCCGCGAGGAAAGAUGUAAUGAACUUGAGGCUAACUUGUGUCCUUUAACUCAGACUAAAUGAUGACCGUGAUGCUCUGCUUUAACUAGAGUUCUGUGACUCUGGACCUCAAAGGAACAGCGAUGUGGUUUAGGACCAUUUUUAGAUGGUUUUGAUCAUUGUUUGAUCUGUUGUUGCCACCCAACAUCUCUGAAUACUUAAAUGUAAUUGAAGUUUUCCCUGAGCAGAAAAAAACUUGAUUUAAAAAAACAAAUGUAAAAUUGACAAACUUAUUGUUCAAAGGUCUCUGGAGUAAAAGUAAAACUGUGUUUUUUUUUUUAAACGACACCAGCAAAUAUGAGAAUUAGGUGCAAUUCUACAUGGGUGCAAAUACAAUGAGAUAUUUUUUUUUUUCAUCAAUCUAGUGGUUACUUGGCUUUGCUCCUAAGCAAAAAUGCUUUGGAAUUUACCCAGGUAGUGUAUGUGUGCAUAUGAAUAUAAUAUAUAUCUAUAUAUUUUAUGAAAAUGUGUCUGACAUUUUUCUGUUGUAAAGCAUCUGUUCAUAUUUGUUAUUCUUGCGUUACAUUUGGACUUGUUGCUGAUUCUACUGUUGUUUCUGUAUUCUGUGCUUCACGUUGGGUGAUCUGGAUUUUUAAACAAAAAAAUGACAAAUAAAUCAGGUAUCAAUUGGG